AUGCCGUUGGAUUUCUUUGCGAGGCAACUUGGAGCAGACCGCAAAUCCUCUGCUGAUUCCCCCAUAGAGGUCGAAGAGACCCAAAGAGAGUCUGUUGAAAGCCUCGGGAGCGCCAAGACUACCCGAAUUCCACAACCACUCCUGUAUCGUAUUGCAAAAUUACUCAUCCUCACGAGCGCAGUGCUCUUUCUUUUAUCCUAUCCAUUUCAGCUGUCGACUUUCAAAGAUUCCUUUCAGCAUGCGUACCGCAGGUUCACGGCUGUGAAAAUCUCAGGUCAAGAACAGAAAGAAUGGUGUACUUUUGCAAUCAUGUGCGGGACCGGCGACACCGACACCGUAUCCGAAAUGCGUCCAUUACUAGUGAGUGCCAUUCUGCUGUCCACAUGCCGCCUACAUUUCAUUUUCUUGACCGACGAAGACGGCGCAGGACGCGUCCACGAAAUGUUUGCAAAGAAUCUCACCACCGCUGACAAGCCGAUUAGGGUUGAUAUCAUGGUUAUCUCAACAGAAUGGAUUGACGAGAAGGCUUUGAAAAUCAAACUCGAUCCCCAUGGUCACCACAGUGGUUCAUGGGGUACGGGGAAGCUUUUGUUGCCAUGGAUUCUCCAGGAUCUCGAUCGUGUUAUCGUUAUAGACAGUGACAUGAUUUUUUUGGAUGAUCCUGCUUCCCUAUGGGCUCAAUUCGAUGAUGAUGGCACUUGGGCAUACAAGAUGCCUCUUUUUGAUCGCUCGAAGUCGUCGAACAUAUGCUCUUGCGUUGUCCUCAUGGACAUCCAGAAAAUUCGCCAGGUUCGUGCUUAUCCGGAUCUGUUUUCAAGUGUACUGCACAGUCACCCUGAAUGGCGCAAUGAAACGUCUUUGAACUAUGUUCCUCCUCAUGGCGACCAGGGUGUCUAUUUUGGGCUUAUGAAAAGCCAUCCUAAACUUGUGAAUUCACUAGAUGAUCGCUUUAAUGUGGAUCAUUGCCAUGGGUAUUACGGUGCGUUAAGAAAUUCCUCUUCAAAGAUGGUUUCGAUUUUGCACAAGAACUGCGAAAGUAGACGUCAUGCUCUAGAUGCGGCAGGUAAUCUAUUUUUUGACUUCUAUUCGGCGUACAAAUGGCAGUGGCUCAAAGGCCUGGAAGACACUGGUUACCCUGUUACCGUUAACAUGAUAUCACAUGAGACUUCCCGAAAUUCGUCGACCGUUUGACUGAAUGUGAGUGUCGAGAUGAUCACAAGUCAUUUGAGUGUGACUGUUGAAACUAUGAGCACCCAUUCCUUCAAUAGCUACCGCCCUAUUUGGUGGAUCGAGCAGGAUUAGCGGCUAUAUGACGGCAGCAUAGAAUUCGAGCCGAAGUGACUUGCACGAGUCGCCGCGAAAAUGCAAAUAUUGCUCGCCUUUACUUUGUCAUCAGACAAACUAGAAAAGCAUUUGAAAGAUGCGUUCGUUGGUGGGGUUGGAGAAUGAGACUAAGCAGGCGACUGGCAUUCAAAUGAACAGUUUCUCAUUAGUGGCACAGACAACAAUGCUAUGCUUUUACCGGCAAGCUAGGCUGACAAAGGCUUGAAAGUCUUAUGGCAUUUGAGUCUUCAGCAUGAGAGCUUUUAGAAGAGAAACUGGCUGAAAGCCGCCUGCGAAGCCUUAUGUUCCCAAUGCCGAUAUGGGACUACUGUACAACAGACUAUGUGCCUCUAAAAAAUGUGUGAAACUGUUCGUUAGGCCACCAACAGUGGCCUAUGCCAAUGCAUUUCUCCAAAGUGGGCAACCAGAGCGUGUCUAUACUCAAAUUGAAAAACUCCGCAGUCCUCAGAAUUUAGUAGGAUUGCUAGCCUCGAUUAAAUCAUCGGGAACAACCUAGAAGACAGAUAAUCUUUCGCAGAUGGGUAUUGUUUGAGGCAACUGUCGAUAACGAAGGGCUUGGUGCCCAUUAAGUGCUAGGGUUUCUUCGCGAGUUGUGAAAUCAAAAAAAGAUGUAAAAGACUUCUCCUCUUUGCGGCGGAUAA